GAAACAAAAACAAAUCAGCUAGCAUGGAGUCGCUUUGUAGAUUAAGAAACAACAAGAUUCUGCCAUCUCGCUAGCAAACACAGUUGUGAAGUGUCACGCGCCUAUCCUUAAGCCCCAGUCCAGCUGAUCAGCAUUUAAUCCAAAGGGCUGUUCUUAAAGAAGAAACAUUCACAACUCUCUAUUCCAGUAGUUGUUCUUCCUACUUUGCUGAAAUCACCAAAAAAUAUUUUGACUAAUCAUGCAACACAUUGCUGUUUGUGGGGCCUUGCUUUGUGCAAAAUGAUUGUUCCAUUGAAUCAUUAAAAGCAAGCACACUUCAAUAUUUUAUGGGGCACUUUGAAAUGUUUCUGGAUGUGACAAGCUGCUAUAUCAUGCAAACUUUCUUCUCAUCAAAUCAAAUGAGAGACAACUCAGUAGCUUUGUCAUCUGAAAUUCAUUGUUUUUAACAGAAACUAAAUGGAGCACCUAGUGCAGAGUUGUACUACAAAAGAAACACAGACUGUGGCCUAUGUUUAGUCACCAUGCCCUUAUUGAAGCCUGUGAUUGAAGUGGUGAAUCUGGGCAGGAUUUCGUAUGCAGAUGGGCUGCAGGCACAGCGGACCUUCAUUCAACGUCACCUCAAUGCCCUGUCCCAGCAGCCCACGGCUGAACCCCCCGUCAACGCCGUGCUGCUGUGUGAGCACGAUCCUGUCUAUACCAUUGGGAUUAGGACGGCACGGUACCCAAUCAAGGAGGAGGAGAGACUGAAGCAGUUGGGGGCAGAGUUCCAUCGGUCUGACAGAGGUGGCCUGAUCACCUUUCAUGGCCCUGGGCAGCUGGUGUGUUAUCCCAUCCUCAACCUGGCUCACUUCAGGAAGAGCGUCCGGUGGUACGUGGGCGAGUUGGAGACUACGGUUAUCCGCCUAUGCCACAGGUUUGGGAUCAAGGCAGAGACCUCGCCUGACACUGGAGUAUGGGUUCAAAAUGACAAAAUCUGUGCUAUAGGGAUUCACUGUGGCAGGUACAUCACCUCUCAUGGGCUAGCACUGAACUGCAACAAUGAUCUCAGCUGGUUCUCCCACAUCACCCCCUGCGGCAUUGAGGGAAAAGGUGUCACCUCCCUGAGUCAAGCACUGAAGAAGGAGGUGACUGUGCCAGACGCUGUGGACCUUCUCCUGGAGACAUUUGCCAAGCAGUUUGACUGCAUGCUGAGGCAUUAGCGACUUGACUAUUUCCUGUCAGGUGUCCACACAGAGAAACUCAACCAAUGUGACAGGCUUGGUGGGCAGAGACUGGUGAGAUUGAUUGGGUCGUGUAAGUAAGAAGUGGGACUUGAUCAUGAUACUUUUUGCGUUAUCUCCAGGGAAUGUGAUUAUUGGAGAAAAGCAGCCAAAAGGGGAAUAUUGCUGCCUGGUUGAAGUAUUGAACUGUAUAGAGGAAGAGAUGUCCAGGUCCAAGCAGGAGAUAUGUUAAAACUGGAGUGGUGGGGAAACAUAGACUGGAGGCUCUGCAGAUUUGGAAAAUUCAUUCACCUGAUGCGGAUGUCACUGGCUUGGCCUGCACAUUUUUUCCUGUCCAUAAUUGCACCGAAGGAUUUGGUGGUAAGCUGCUUUCUUGAGACGCUGCAGUCCAUGUUGUGUCGUACACCCACGAUGCUAUUGGGGAAGGAGUUUAAGGAUUUUGAUUUGGUGACGGUGAAGGAACAGUAAUAUAUUUCAAAGUAGAAAAGUGUGUAUGAUUGGAGGUAAAAUUCCAGGUAGUGAUGUUCCCAUAUACUUGCUUCCCUUCUCCUUCUUGGUGGUAGAGGUCAUAGGUUUGGCAGAUGUUGUUGGAGAAGCCUUAAGAGUUGCUGCACUGCAUUCUGUAGAUACUAUAUGCUGCUGCCACUGAGCGUGGGUGGAGUGAAUGUUUGAGGACAUGGUGCUAAUGCAUGGGCUAUUUUGUCUUGGAUGGUGUCAAGCUUCUUGAGUAUUGUUGGACCUAUACUCAUCCAGGCAAAUGGGGAGUAUUCCAUCACGCUCCUGACUUACUUGCUAUUGAAUUCCCAGCAUUGCCUAGCUGUAUGCAACAGGACUAUGAUGCACGGCUGUACAUUGUAGUUGAAUGGCAAAAUGAGUUUCACUGAUGAAGGUCAACUUGUAUAAUUUGGAACUGUAUUUUGUAUCAUCCUCAGGAUGGGAGGUCAGGGAUUAUAUCCACCCAGAAAAAUAUUAAAGCUUGUAUACGAAUAAA